UACAUGAAAUGAGACACAAUGCCCUUUUUUAUAUUGUCACAACUCACAAUCAUGAAAAAAUUAUAAUAAUUUAUUUUAUUUUUUUUAAAAAAAAAAACAUUGAAGAAACAAAAUAGUUUAAGACACUAAAUAGAAAUUAAUAUUGAGAUUAGACGUGCCAACCCACUUUGUUUCCUCAACGUCUUCUCUAUUAUAGUGUUGUAAAAUAACAGAAUACACCGUAAGACCACCUCCAAACCCUCUGUUCUUUCUCUCUCUCUUCCACCAAAAAUGUCAUCACACAAUAAUAACCAACAACACCAUUACAUGACCCCUUCAACACCCCGCGAGAGACGAUCAUCGUUGACGUUAUCAUCGUCGUCGAAAAAGAUGAAAUCCUUCGCAAUGCCACCAUCUCCGAUACCGAAUGCAAAAGGGUCUCGAUCAGCAGCAAUAGAUGAUCGUAAGCUAACUGAUUACUUUACAAACAACCUACAAAUACCGUACUUACGUCUACCUGAUCCUUACAACUUGUCUCACACGACCCAGGUUCGAAUCCCGGCUCAGAUAGACUACAGGCUAUUAGUCUCGAGGGUUGGGAACUCUAUCGAGAGGCUGGUUCGGUCGGCGAGGGAGUUUGGGGUGGUUCGGAUCGUUGGGCAUGGGAUCGAGAGGCAGGAGGUUCGGUUGGUUAAAGCCGAGGUCGAGCUGUUCUUCAAAAGUCUUGAUGAGAGGAAGACUAAGUUUAGGAAGAGUUUCGUUGACAGGGUUGGUAAUCGAGAGGAGUUUGUUUGGUUUCGUUCUGAUAAGGCUAUGUUACUUUGGGCUCGGGAGGUCAUGGGGUCCGAUCGAUACCGCGAUUUCAGCCGUAAGAUGGAAGGUGUAGUGAGCAAACUUGACAGAAUCUCAGAGGAAUUAGCAGAAGUACUGUCAAAAUUCUCAGAUAAGCGUUUUGAGAAGGUGAUCGAAGAGAGGGAAUCCAUAAUAAGCUUAUAUAGAUACAAUGACACGCACCCUAGCCUGCUCGUAUCAAACGAGGACAUCCACGAGUCGUAUGAUCAUGCUUUGAGUCUGCAUAUGGCUAUGGAACGCGGCGAAUUCUAUGUGCAUACAGAUAAAGGGCCUUUGUCCUUCAGCACUGACCCUGAUACCAUUGUUGUUACUGUUGGAGAACAACUAAAGGAAUGGAGUGCUGGAGACUUCAACGCUGUUUUAGGGGAAUUGAUCUUUGAUCCAAACUUGCAUGGGACUGAAGCAUCAUACUCAUUAGAGCUCAAAUGUUCACCCUUAAAUCUUAACUUGGGUCAUACCAAAAAAGUAAUUAAGACCAUUUCCUUGCUUGAUCAAUUGUUGAUCAUACUAUUCUUAAGCUUUUUUUACCAAGUAAUUUUGUACACUUUGUCUAUACCAUCUUUAGGAACAUACUUGUAUUAGAAAGAUAUACUUACCAUUUAUUUGGAAUUUUUUUUUUUUUUUUUUACUUUUGGAAUUCGUUUUUAACUCCCUCUUGAUCUUUAAUUAUGUAUAGUUACUUAGUUAGAUUUCAUGUGUGUGCGUUUAGAUUUAGUGUAAGUUAAAAUCUUUGGAAUGUUGAUAAUAUGAUGAUUGUUGUUACUAGCUAGCUAGAGAUUGAAAAAAAAAAUUAUUAAGCUUCUAACAACAAGUUUAGAUCGUAGUAAAUCAAAAUUUGACGUGUGAAAAUGAAUUGAAUCAAGCCAAGCUUUUGAUUUUAAAAG